ACACUGUACCUAGUCCUGUAGUCCUUGCCACUUUGGAAUCUACUAUCUACCUUCGACGGUUCGACUGAAACCGGGACUCCAAGAGGUUACCGGCGACACCGAUAGCCUUAGUUUUCGCGGCUUCACGACAUUCAGCCGGGAGUCGGAGACCUCCAGACGGCAGACCGCCGGCGCCUUCGUGGUGGCUGGAAAACCUUCGCUGCAUCGCAAAUCUGAGGCGGAUGCAGUGGUCCAGGCUGUGAAACCAAUCAGAAAAUCACAGUACAUCACUGCUAGUUCUGGCUCAAGUACAAUAUUCUAAACAACCUCAUUGUUACACGAUCAUUUCUCGUAGCCACUGAAAGGGUCUUCUGCCACUUGUUCUCUUUUGUAUACGGUUGCCAGAAUCUCAUAAAACCCUGUCCUAUCUUCACCGCAGUCCGAUGGAUGUGGAAUACUUGAAACUGUUUGUGGAGGAGACAUCGUGGUACAACCACUUGGUGCUGGGAGCCUUGUUGCCGGAAAAACUGUGGGGUCCUCUGCCCCACUUCUUCCAAAGUUGGCUCCGCAACUACAUUGGCGGAACCUUACUCUAUUUCGUGUCUGGUUUUCUUUGGUGCUUCUACAUCUACUACUUGAAACGUGGCCAUUAUGUCCCUAAAGAUGCGAUCCCUUCAAAUAAAGCUAUGCUCUUGCAAAUAGGAGUCGCGAUGAAGGCUAUGCCGUGGUACUCUGCUCUCCCCAGUGUGUCCGAACACAUGAUUGAAAGUGGAUGGACUAGAUGUGUUUCAAGUGUAAGUGAUGUAGGAUGGCUUCUCUAUGUUGUCUAUCUAAUUGCUUAUCUUGUUAUUGUGGAGUUUGGAAUCUAUUGGAUGCACCGAGAGUUGCAUGACAUAAAACCACUUUACAAGUAUCUUCACGCUACACACCAUAUCUACAACAAGCAAAAUACACUUUCUCCCUUUGCCGGUUUGGCAUUCCACCCGUUGGAUGGGAUACUGCAAGCAGUGCCACACGUAAUCGCUCUUUUCCUGGUACCAAUACACUUCAGGACACAUAUAGCCCUAUUGUUCAUGGAAGCCGUAUGGACUGCAAAUAUUCACGACUGCAUAGACGGUAAAAUAUGGCCCGUCAUGGGGGCUGCCUUUCACACCAUACAUCAUACCACUUAUCGUCAUAAUUAUGGUCACUACACAAUAUGGAUGGACUGGAUGUUCGGAACCCUUCGUGAUCCCAAGGAAGACGAGCUCAAGAAGAUGUAGUCUGCACGGCUGCGAUUAUGGCUGGUUUAUUCUCCCAUCUGUGUUCUAUAUGAUUGAUUUAUAUUUGUUGCUGCGCUAGAACAAUUUUUUUUUUUGUAACUCUUUUUGCCAUUAACAAAAAUUUGACCUUUAUCAUGAACUGUCAGUGUUGUUAUAGCUAAGUUGUUCAUGCUCUGUUCUGUUAUUAGCAGUUUUUUUUAAUAAAAUUGUUAUUGAUGUUGUUGCUGUUGUUA